AUGGCCUGCCAGGCCAGCCCACUUCCUCCCCUGGCCUAUAACCCCUGUGGGAGACCAAACCCUAACCCCCACCGACACCACUUCUCUCCCCACUCGUCCCACUCGUCCCCCUCCCCCGAUCCAGAUCGGAUCGGGACACGACGACCCGACGCCGUCGCCGCCGCCCGAUGCCCGCGCCUCGCCCUGCGCCCUGCCGAUGCCCUGGCUCCGUGCUCGAGCCCCGCACCGCCCGGCGACCCUGCUGCGGUGGACGAGCCACCCGCCGACGACGACCCCCCUCCCUCGCGCCCGUGCCACGGCCUCCUCCUCACCAGACCCCGCCACCGCCCGUUGCAUCGUCCUCCUCGUCUCCUCCUCGCCGACGACGCGUCCUCGUCCUCCUCCCCAAAGGCUCCACCGAGCCUCGCCGCCCCCCUGCUCGCCAACGCAGGUGAGGACCCCGGUCCUCCUCCUCCUCCCCGUGCCCUCACGCUGGCGCUCAUCCGCGCCACACAGCACCCUGCUGCCGUUCGCGCGCGCCCCGCGCCUCCCGCUCGCCGUGUCCCGCCGCCAUGCUACGCUCGCACCGCCGCUUGCUGCCAGGAGCCGCCGAACCGCGCAUCGCACUCGCCGACGCUUCCCGCGCUCGCCGCCCUCGCUCCACGGCCUCGCCCCCUUGCUUCCGCUCCGCCGCACCGCUGCCUGAUGCUGCUCCGGCCGGCGAGCCUCGCCAUGGCUGGCCUGGACCAGUGCCCAGUCAGGCUAGCGCCCGCGCGCCCGUGCCCGCUAUGGCCAGGGCCACUUACCACUGGGCCAGUGCCCCUGGCCCUAUGA